AUGACCCCCCACGUCGCGCGGGAUGGACUAACCGAGGAAAUAGUCGCAAAACACAACACUCGGGAGAGUUGUUGGGUCGUGCUAUAUGGCAAGGUCUACGAUGUCACCGACUUCCUGGGUAGCCACCCCGGUGGUGCAAAGAUCAUUUUGAAGCUUGCAGGUCAAGAUGCCACCGAGGAAUAUGACCCAAUUCAUCCUCCAGGUAUCCUGGAAGAGGAACUCAAGCCAGAGGCAUGUCUGGGAACAAUCGAUCCCAGCACAUUACCACAGGAAACUGCCCCAGAGCCUGAACAAGAGGUCGAGGGCCCACCACCAAUGGAGAACAUUCUCAAUUUGGACGAAAUGGAAGAGAUUGCGGCAAAGCAAAUCAGCAAGAAGGCUUGGGCCUACUACUACUCAGCAUCCGACGACAUGUUCAGCAAAUCCUUCAACAACGCAGUAUACCGCUCUAUUCUUCUGCGACCUAGAGUGUUUGUGGACUGCACCAAGUGCGACCUAGAUACUACCGUUCUCGGGUAUAACUUGAAAACACCCAUCUACGUUUCCCCCGCGGCAAUGGCCCGUCUCGGGCAUCCAUCUGGUGAAGCCGGCAUUGCAGAGGCAUGUCGGAAGUUUGGAGCCAUGCAGAUAAUCUCCAACAAUGCCUCCAUGACCCCGGAGCAGAUUGUCAAGGAUGCCUCGCCAGAUCAGGUCUUUGGCUGGCAGCUAUAUGCGCAAAUUGACCGCAAAAAGAGCGAGGCGAUGCUGGCCCGCAUCAACAAGCUCAAGGCCAUCAAGUUCAUCGUUCUCACACUUGAUGCGCCCAUUCCAGGCAAGCGUGAGGACGAUGAGCGAACCGGAAUGACAGGGCGCAAGGCAGCCGUGCCGAGCGGCAUCAAGGCCGCCGAGCGCUCUGCAGACGAUACCCCCAACCCAACCGAGGGUUCUGGGGGUGUUGGACAGCAGCUGUUCGCCGGCACCGAUCCUUCCCUCACCUGGACUAAGACCCUCGCGUGGCUGGCCACGCAGACCGACCUGCCCAUUAUUUUGAAGGGUCUGCAGACCCAUGAAGAUGCCUACCUGGCCUCGCUACACGCACCCCAGGUCAAGGGAAUCAUUCUCUCCAACCACGGUGGGCGGGCCAUGGAUACUGCGCCCCCGGCCGUGCACACACUGCUGGAGAUCCGCAAAUACUGCCCCGAGGUCUUUGAUAAGAUUGAGGUCCAUGUAGAUGGCGGCAUUCGCCGGGGCACAGAUGCCGUCAAGGCUCUGUGUCUGGGUGCGAAGUCUGUUGGUCUUGGGCGCGCAGCACUCUACGGUCUUGCGGCUGGAGGUGUUGAGGGUGUCAGCCGGACAUUGCAGAGUAAGUUGUUCGAUCCUUGGACGGGGGAUCUUGUUGCUAACACACCUGUAGUUCUGAACGACGAGAUGAAGACCUGUAUGCGUCUUCUUGGUGUGGAGAGAGUUGAUCAAUUGGGGCUCCAACAUGUAUGCAUCCUUCAUCUCCUCCUGGUGUCUCUACUGACUGGUUUACAGAUCAACACCCGUGUGACGGAGCAGCAGAUCUAUGACGGCCCUGCUGCCCUUGAACCCUUACGGCGCGAGUUCCGCUCUAAGUUGUAG